GUAAGACUGCCAUGGAUUACGUCCGUUGUCAUUAGAAUUGACAUCACUGGAAAUUUGUGUCUCAAAUAAGGACCCUUGCGGGAACUUUGGGGGUGCUCCUCAAACUUUAGCACGCCACGUUCACCAUUUUUCAGAAACCAAUCCGUCGUUUGCGGGAGGAGUCCGACGAGUGGACCUGAGGGACAAACAGCAGCAUUUCGCGAGUUCGGCGGAGCCUUAGUGGAGUCAGAAGGUCUAAGGUCCGGUGGGGGGGCGGGGGGUUAUCGGGGGUCCCCGUUAUACGCGAGCGACAUGCUCCCGCCUCAUAGAGGCGCAAGCCGGGAGCGGAGAUUAUUCCACUGGCGGACCACCUCAGCAUGGACCACGUGUCUGAGAGUUGCGUUUUGCAGUCGCUUACGUUUUAUGUGGUUCACGCUAAUGGUCUUGACUGUCCUCUGUGUGGCGCUGCAGAUGCUCGGUGUGGUCCGGCAGGCCAGGAACUCAAGGAUUUUGAAUCUUGUGAGCGAGCAGCUGGUCAGAUUGCCUGCAGAAAAUCUUUGGUCUGUUUCAGCGGCCGUUGAUAAGGACCCAAUAAACCAACAUCCUUCCAUACAAAGAAAUGCCAAAGGUGAUGAACCUCGUUUAGAAGAGGGAAGAGGCCAAAUCUUGGAGGCUGCAAGAAAAAAGUUGGAGACAUCUUCACAUAACAUAGUAACAUCAAACAAAUAUCCCCCGACCACCAAAGCAGCUCCACCAUCAGUGAUAGUGAAUAAACCUGUCCAAGAAGUGGCAAAACUAUUUCCAAACCUCCACCAGCCAAAUAGGCCAGCUAACCCUGAGAGUACCCUAGAAAAGUCUGGACCAAGUGAAAUUCACAAAGUGCCACCCUCUAAUGGCAUUCUCGACAAUGCUGAUAAAUAUAAAGUAAAUACACUGAAGGACACCAGUGUCAUGUGUCAACCCAAGAACCACAUUGUCUUUCUCAAAACACAUAAGACUGCCAGCAGUACCAUAUUGAACAUUCUCUAUCGAUAUGGGGACAGUCACAACCUGACCUUUGCUUUGCCACUGAAUAUGCACAGCCAGUUAUUCUACCCCUCGUUUUUUGCUGCUCACUUUGUGGAGGGCAGCAGGACUCGCAGUGAAAAAGAAUUCCACAUCCUGUGCAAUCAUAUGAGAUUCAAAUCACAAGAGGUGAGAAAGCUGAUGCCUAAGGACACAUUCUACUUCUCCAUUCUUCGGAAUCCAGUGGAAAUGAUGGAAUCUAUCUUCGUUUACUACAAAGCGAUCCCAGCAUUCCGUGUUGUCAAAAGCCUUGAGGAGUUCCUAAUCCAGGGUGGGCGGAGCUACAAUGCCUCUCUGCCUAAUAACCACUAUGCACGUAAUAUUUUGACCUUUGACUUUGGUCUGGACAGCACAGCGCCUGAGAAUGAAAUAGACUUGGACAGGCGUAGCGCCGAGAUCAUUGCUGCCGUGGAACGCGAUUUUGAGCUGAUUCUCAUUUCAGAGUAUUUUGAUGAAUCUGUGGUGCUUCUAAAACACGCCCUCUGCUGGACACUGGAUGACGUUUUGUCUUUCCGCCUAAAUAGUCGCAGUGAGCGCUCUCGGCGACCACUGACCCCAGAAACUGCAGAGCGGAUAAAAGAGUGGAAUUCGCUAGACUGGCGAUUGUACCUGCACUUUAAUGCUACUUUCUGGAAACGCAUAGAUGACACACUUGGUCAGACUGAGCUUCAACGGGAAGUAGAGCUUCUGAAGGCUAGGAGGAGGAAGCUUGAGGAAACUUGUCUUCUGGGAGGUGGGGCUGUAGAUCCUGCGCAAGUCCAGGAUUCAUUGUUAAAACCAUUUCAGUAUGGUGCAGCAGUUAUUCAAGGUUAUAACCUCCGUUUGGGGCUAAACAAUGAGACUCGUCAGCUUUGUCAGAGACUGAUUAUGCCUGAACUUCAGUACACAUCUGCUCUGUACAUCAAACAGUUCCCUCAGCUAGCGGCUGCACGUGCAUCUGUUGCAAAAAAGAUUGCGGCCUCUAGAAACUCAUCUAGCACACACAGAGCUGUUAAGCGCAAUACAGGUAAACUAACUGAGUCGAAUAUACACAUAACAAUGACAAAAAAUACCUCACGUAACAAUCCAUAUAUAUCCAAAGCAAAAUAACAUAGUGACCACUUACAGUAGCAGUUAAUUGUAGUGUUUAUAAUGUGACACUAUGUACAGAUAAUUCUGAUGUACACUGUAACAAAACAGUAAAAAACAAAGGAAUGAGAAGAAACUCACAUAAACAAACCACACAAAAAUACUUUUAAAACACAAACACACACAUGCUUACAUAGCCAAAAGAAUUUGCUAUAUUAAGACCUUCAAAGGGAUAGUUCACCCAAAAAGGAAAAUUCUCUCAUGAUUAACUC